UAAAUCUUUGUAUUUGAUUGAUACUCUGUUUGGAAGGGUUGUUCAAGGUCGAAUCCCUCCAUCAGAUUUAAAUGCGAAUCGGGAUAUUUCUAUUAUGAAAAUUGAAUGUUGCGCCGCAUUAAAUGAAAAACUAACGCAGUUUUGGCAGUUAGAUUCAAUGGGGAUAAAUGAUACUCACAGUGGAGAUUUUAAAUUUAAAGAGGAAUUUAUUUCUCAAUUCGAAAGUAAUUUAAAAUAUGAAAAUGGAAUGUAUACAACUAAAUUAUUCUGGGACGGUAAACCAGAAAACUUGUCUAACAAUUUCGCGGUAGCAAAACGAAGAUUUCGUAACUUAAGUGUAAAAAUGAAAGAAAAUGAUUGGGUUUAUAAUGAAUAUAAGAAUAUAGUUAAGGAGCAAUUAAAACUGAAUAUCGUUGAAGAAUGUCCUUUCGGCUUAGAAGAGAAUUCUUAUUAUAUGCCUCAUUCAGCUGUAGUAAGAUCGGAUAGGGACACUACGAAAGUCAGAUUGGUUUUCGAUGCAUCGUCAAAAGGUAAUGGGUGCAAAUCUCUUAAUGAAUGCUUGAAUCCUGGGCCACCGUUGAAUCCCAGAAUUUUGGAUGUAAUCUUGCGAUUUCGCGAAUAUGAAUAUGCAUUCAGCUGUGAUAUUCAGGGAGCAUUUUUGACCAUAGGAAUAGCGGAAGAGGAUAGAGACUAUUUACGUUUUUUCUGGUUUCCAGAUGAAAGUGAUUCAAAAACUUACAAAAUUUUACGAAUGACUCGCGUUCCCUUUGGAGUGACAUCAAGCCCAUUUAUCCUUGCUGCGACUAUUAAAUACCACAUUAGAAAAUAUAAACUUGAACAAAGCGAAACUUGUGAAAUGCUUGACUCGGCACUUUAUGUAGAUGAUCUUUUUUACGGAGCAAAUACAAUAGAGAAAACUUUAGAACUUUCACAGAGCGCUGUAAAAAUUCUUAAAGAUGCGAACAUGAAUUUAAGAAAAUUUAAUACUAAUUCGGAUGAGUUGAGAAAUUUAUGGAGUGAACGAGGUUUGUCUGAUGUGACAGAAACUAAAGAACGUCCUUUGAAGGUUUUAGGCAUAAUAUGGAACACCGAAGAAGAUACUUUUAAGUUAGAUGUAAAACCUCUACUGGACAUGACCUGUGAUAGGAAGAAUUCAAAACGUAGUGUACUUCAGACAGCUUCGAAGUUAUUUGAUCCUAUGGGAAUUGCAUCACCUUUUAUUGUUCUCAUAAAAUUAUUAAUGCAAGAAAUAUGGGAACUUGGUUUAGGAUGGGAUGAUGAGCUAUCAACUGACUUGAAGAAAAAAUGGGAUAAUUGGUGCUCUCAGAUUUAUCUGUUGAAAGAUUUGACAAUCGAAAGAAAAUAUUUCUCCAUACCAUGGAAGUUGGUGAAAGAAUUAGAACUACACAUAUUUUCUGACGCUUCUCCUAAAGCUUUCGGAGCAGUUGCGUACUUCCGUUACGUGUCAAGUGAUGAUUGUAUUUAUACAAGUUUUAUCACUGCGAAAUCUAGAAUCGCACCGCUUAAAAGGUUGACAUUACCGAGGCUUGAACUUAUGGGAGCUGUUAUUUCUUCUAGACUUUUCCAAUAUUUGAAAACAAAUUUUAAAUUUCCUGUGCCUAGGGUAUAUAUGUGGACAGAUUCCUUAAUCGCUCUUCAUUGGAUUAAAGGGAAAGCUUCAAAAUGGAAACCUUUUGUAUCGAACCGUGUAUCCGAAAUCCAGUCUAGAACUGAUCCUGCUGAUUGGAAUCACUGUAGUGGGCAGGAUAAUCCUGCAGAUUUCAUAUCUCGAGGAGCUACCGUGGAAAAGUUUAUGUCCAGUUCGAUUUGGAUGCAAGGUCCAGAAUGGCUUCGGUUGAAGAAAAGGGAUUGGCCAAAAGGCUCUAAUUAUGAAAUUUGUCUAGAGAUUUCUCCAGAAGUAUAUUGCGAAAAAAGAAGUAAACUGGAAGAAGUAUCGUCUUUUGUGUGCGAAGUGCAAUCGAAUUUGACACAUUUAAUGGAUUUGAAUAGAUAUAGUAGUUUAAGAAAAUUAUACCGUGUUACAAGUUGGAUACUACGAUUUAUAUACAACCUUAAAUUUAAAACUAAACGAUGUGGUGAACUAAGCACUGAAGAACUUAACGAGGCUGAAAUUAUCUGGACAAAAACUGUUCAAAGUGAAGCUUUUGCGGAAGAGCUGUCCUCUUUGAGACAGGGUAAAACAAUUUCUAAGACUUCCUCUAUUCUAGAACUGAAUCCCUUUCUUAAUAAUGACGGGAUAAUGCAUGUUGGUGGAAGACUUCAGAAGUCAAGACUUUCUUACCUUCAAAGACACCCAAUUAUUAUGCCCUCAAAACAUCACUUUGUGAAUUUAUUAGUGUGGGAUGCACACAGCAGCAAAGUGUUUCACGGUGGAAUUUCUGAAACUUUGAUAGAAAUACGCGAAAGAUACUGGAUAAUUAAAGGAAGACAAACUGUUAAAAAUAUCUUAAGAAAAUGUAUUCUGUGUAAACGAUUUAAUUCUUCUCCUGGUGUGCAAGUUACUGCUCCUUUACCAGUAAAUAGAACAGAAGAAUUACCUCCUUUUUCUGUAGUAGGUAUAGAUUUCGGUGGACCACUUUAUACCAAAGACAGUGAUGAGAAAAACUACAUCGUGUUGUUUACUUGUGGAGUAACGCGAGCUCUUCAUUUAGAGUUUGUUGGCAGCAUGACCACAGAAACAUUUCUUCUUGCUUUUCGACGAUUCAUUGCUCGUCGAGGUCUAUGUUCUCAAGUUUUGACGGACAAUGCCAAAACUUUCAAACGAUCAGAACUUGAACUUAAAAAUUUGUGGACUGUCAUUAGUCAUCCAACAGUAAAAGACUUUUACGCCUCCCACAAAAUCCAAUGGUGCUACAUCGCUGAGAAAGCUGCGUGGUGGGGUGGCUUCUAUGAAAGACUAAUUAAAUCUGUAAAACUUGCUUUACGAAAAACUCUAAGAAAAACUACUUUAUCUCGAGACGAGUUAGAAACUCUAAUUAUUGAAAUUGAAGGUGUUCUUAACUCUCGUCCUUUAACUUAUGUUUAUUCUGAAUUACAGGAACCUAUGCCUCUAACUCCAGCUCAUAUGCUAUUGGGGCGCAGGGUGAAUAGUAAAAUUACUGAAUUUAAAGUUAAUGAUAUUGUAUUAAUUCAUGAUGAAAAGCUACCUAGACAUUUUUGGAAAUUAGGAAGAGUUGUAACAGUAUUUCCUGGCAGAGAUGGAAAAGACUAUUCCAUAUAUGUGAUGAAAGUUUAA